CCUUCGAUCCGACCAGGCAGUUGAACCCCGCCAUUUCGCCCAUCUCCCUCCCCCGACAUUAAUUUAAUCAAUUUCUUCGUCUCCUUCUUCUUCUUCUUCUUCUUCAUCGAUUUCCCAAAAAAAAAAAAGAAAAAAAAAGCCCAUCUUUACAUAUUCAUUGAGCUGGUCCUUAAAUAAUUUUCUUCUUCUUCUGCUUCGUGUCCUGGGGGACAAACAAGAAUGGAGUUCCUCGCCUACCCACCUCGUUUCUCAGUGCCCGUAACGUCUACAGUCGGCGAUCUCUUCGAAAGGGUCAAGGAAAUGUGCCGUUUUGCGGUCUCUGCUGUUCUUGGAAACGUCUUCUCUGCAAUCUUCACCUUCUUCUUCGCACUAGUCGGGACGUUGUUAGGAGCCAUGACUGGAGCUCUUAUAGGGCAAGAAACGGAGAGCGGGUUCAUUAGAGGAGCUGCGGUUGGUGCGAUAUCUGGGGCGGUCUUCUCUAUCGAGGUCUUCGAGUCUUCUCUCAUUCUUUGGCAGUCGGACGAAUCGGGACUCAGAUGCCUUCUCUACUUGAUUGAUGUCAUUUCCAGCCUCUUAAGUGGGAGACUUGUCCGUGAACGGAUUGGUCCUGCGAUGCUAAGUGCAGUCCAGAGUCAGAUCGGUGCUGUUGAGUCGAGCUUUGAGGAAGUUCAGAACAUCUUCGACACGGGUGGGUCAAAAGGGUUGCCUGGAGAUUCGGUUGAGAAGAUCCCAACCAUGAAAAUCACCGCCAGCAACAACAUCGAUGCCUCGGGAGAGAGAGCCUCUUGCUCCGUAUGCCUUCAGGAUUUCCAGCUCGGGGAGACGGUCAGAAGCUUGCCCCAGUGCCAUCACAUGUUUCACCUGCCCUGCAUAGAUAAGUGGCUCCUAAAACACGGAUCCUGCCCACUGUGCAGGAGGGAUCUGUGAAUCAUGAUCAAUGUCUCUGUAAAUUUACAUGGUGGAAACAGGUUCUUUUUCCUUAUUUAAUCAUCCAUACCUUUUAGAGAUAUAAAUUUAUGUUCAUAGUGAUUGAUUGUAGUUUUAUGUUCUGUCACACGAUCUCUAGGCCAUAGUUUUUAGUUAGUCCUGCCUUUUCUACGAGCUCCUGACAGUUUAUGUACAAAAAUUUUGGUUCACAAGUGAGCUCUCUUGCCGUUUCUCUUUA